CAACUCCUCAGAUGGUCCUGUUGCUUCAGACCCUGUCCGCCUGGUCCAGAAAGCUCUCCAAACCCCAGGAAGAAAAAGUCGAGAAGCCAUGAGCCACUCCACGGUCCGCACCUCUACUUCUUACCGGCGUACCUUUGGGGCUGCCUCUCCCAUGCCGCUGUACACUCCGGUGUCGUCCAGGGUGUCCGUCUCUGGGGGACGCUAUCUGAGCUCGGCGCCGCUGGCCUCGUCUCGCUCAGUGGGCUUCAGGGCGCGCUCCAGCAUGCCCGCCCCACGCCUCUCAUACGACAAAGUGGACUUCUCCUUGGCGGAGGCCGUCAACCAGGAGUUCCUGGCCACGCGCAGCAACGAGAAGGCGGAGCUGCAGGAGCUGAACGACCGCUUCGCCAACUUUAUCGAGAAGGUGCGUUACUUGGAGCAGCAGAACGCCGGUCUGCAGGCGGAGCUGACGCAGUUCCGGACCCAGCAGGAGCCCAGCCGGGCCAGCGAGCUCUUCCAGCAGGAGAUGCGUGAGCUACGGCGGCAGCUCGACGCCAUGGGCAAGGAGAGGGACCAGUACCAGGUGGAGCGGGAUAAUCUGGCUGAGGACGUGUCACACCUCAAACAGAGGUUUGAGGAAGAAGCCCAGAAAAGAGCAGAAGCUGAGAACAACCUGGUCCUCUUCCGCAAGGACGUGGAUGAUGCAACUCUGUCCCGUCUGGAGCUGGAGAGGAAGAUCGAGUCUCUGAUGGAUGAGAUUGAGUUCCUGAAGAAGCUGCAUGACGAGGAAAUCCAGGAUGUCCAAGUGAGCGUACAAAGCAUGCAGGUGAAGACGGAAGUGGAUUCCUCCAGGCCUGACCUGACCAGUGCCCUCAGAGACAUCCGGACCCAAUAUGAGAGCAUUGCCUCCAAGAACAUGCAGGAGGCAGAGGAGUGGUACAAAUCCAAGUUUGCUGACCUGACUGACUCGGCCAAACGCAGCAGUGAGGCUCUGAGGCAGGCCAAGCAGGAUUCCAAUGAGUCAAGGAGGCAAAUCCAGAGCCUGAGUUGUGAGAUUGAUGCCCUGAAGAGCACGAAUGAAGCUCUGCUGAGGCAGAUGAGAGACAUGGAGGACCAGUUUUCCAUGGAGGCUGGUGGAUACCACGACACAAUUUCUCGCCUGGAGGAGGAGAUCCGCCAUCUCAAGGAGGAGAUGUCCCGUCACCUCAGGGAGUACCAGGACCUCCUCAAUGUCAAGAUGGCCCUGGAUAUCGAGAUUGCAACCUACAGGAAGCUGCUGGAAGGCGAGGAGAGCCGGAUUGCUGUCCCUGUACUCAACAUCUCUUCCAUGAGUAUCCGCAGCAUAGUGCCCGACCACCCUGCAGAGCCUCAAAAAAAGAAGACAGUGCUGAUAAAGACCAUUGAGACUCACGAUGGUGAGGUGGUGAAGGAGUCCAAGACAAACAAUGAUUUGGAAGCUGAAGACUAAACAAAUAGCAAUUCUUGUGGUUGAAUCAGAAAAAGAACAAUAGCAGUCACUUGAGUCUAAACAUUGAAGUCUGUAUGACAUUAUAAUAUUUCGUACUGUAUUUCAGAUAGUUCGUGAAACCUGUUUCUAUGAUUGACAAUGUCAAGGUGAACCCUGUGCAUAAUUUAGGUCAUAUAAUUCUGCAAUUUGCCGCAUAACAUACCAAGUCUCAGAGUUAAGAAACACAUGGCUUUCCUGCAUCUCGAGAAGUUUUCUUUGUGAUAUCUGAAUCAGCCAGAUUUUAUGCCAAUCUGAUGCUAGGAUGAUUUUAUGGUGCUGUCAAUCACAAUGAACCCUGACCCUGCCUCUGUGACGUGUCAAGCCAUGUGUUACUGACAGAAGUGAAUGCAGAGGAACAAGGAGUCUAUUCCAGCAAUAUUCUCCACACCGUAGAAGAUACUGCAAAUAUCUGAAUCCACUUAACUCCUCUCAGAAAAAAAAAAUCUUGAAAUGAAUGUUGUGUACUUGGCACACAAGUGCAAAUAAAAUCAACAGGAACAAAACCAGGCAAUUUA